AAGACUGCGAAGGUUUAGCGGUGAAACUCCGGAGCUGUGACCGACACAGCAUCACUUUCUCCCGGCGGGACAAUGCCUAACGUCCGGGAGCUGAGGUCGUCGGUCAUGCGGAGACUAACAGCGGCUCUGGAGAAGAUAUUUGGUCAGUUUGAGAGAAGGAUGGCAGAGUACGAGGAGGAAGUUUCUCGGUCCAAACUGGAGAUUGAGCGGCAGAGAAAACUGCUGGAGGCUGUUUCCAAACCCGAGGAGCAAACACUCACAGCAGUGUUACCUGUGGUGCUGCUGGUGAGUGAAGAUGAGGUUCUGUCUGAGCAGCAGGAGCCAGAGCCUCCACACAUAAAAGAGGAGCAGGAGGAGCUGUGGACCAGUCAGGAGGGAGAGCAGCUUCAAGGCGUCACCAAGUUCACUUCUGUCCCUGUGAAGGAUGAGGAUGACGAAGAGAAAGCUCCUUCCUUGCAGCUUCAUCAGAGCCAGACUGAGCCGAUGGAAACUAAAGCUGACGGAGAGGACUGUGGAGGAGCAGAACCAGGCAGGAACUGGGAUCCCGCUGCUGCUUUUUUACAACCAGCUGGUGACGGCCAGCUCCUCUGCUCACACUCUGCUGUAUGUAAGACUGAAGACGGAGAAGACGACUACAAGGAGACCAGAGAGCCUCAGUCAGGUCUCGACUCUUUUUCUGUCAGCAGCCAGCGUAAGACAAGUUUUCUGUCUGAGUCGGUCAACCGGAAACUGAGUGCAUAUGUUGAGGAGAUACUGGGGCUGUUUGAAAGAACGAUAGCAGAGUACGAGGAGGAAGUUUCUCGGUCCAAACUGGAGAUUGAGCGGCAGAGAAAACUGCUGGAGGCUGUUUCCAAACCCGAGGAGCAAACACUCACAGCAGUGUUGCCUGUGGUGCUGCUGGUGAGUGAAGACGAGGUUCUCUCUGAGCAGCAGCAGGAGGAGCCAGAGGACUGUGGAGGAGCAGAACCAGGCAGGAACUGGGAUCCAGCUGCUGCUUUUUUACAACCAGCUGGUGACAGCCAGCUCCUCUGCUCACACUCUGCUGUAUGUAAGACUGAAGACGGAGAAGACGACUGCAAGGAGACCAGAGAGCCUCAGUCAGGUCUCGACUCUUUUUCUGUCAGCAGCCAGCGUAAGACAAGUUUUCUGUCUGAGUCGGUCAACCGGAAACUGAGUGCAUAUGUUGAGGAGAUACUGGGGCUGUUUGAAAGAACGAUAGCAGAGUACGAGGAGGAAGUUUCUCGGUCCAAACUGGAGAUUGAGCGGCAGAGAAAACUGCUGGAGGCUGUUUCCAAACCCGAGGAGCAAACACUCACAGCAGUGUUGCCUGUGGUGCUGCUGGUGAGUGAAGAUGAGGUUCUCUCUGAGCAGCAGCAGGAGGAGCCAGAGGACUGUGGAGGAGCAGAACCAGGCAGGAACUGGGAUCCAGCUGCUGCUUUUUUACAACCAGCUGGUGACGGCCAGCUCCUCUGCUCACACUCUGCUGUAUGUAAGACUGAAGACGGAGAAGACGACUACAAGGAGACCAGAGAGCCUCAGUCAGGACUCGACUCUUUUUCUGUCAGCAGCCAGCUUAAGACAAGUUUUCUGUCUGAGUCGGUCAACCGGAAACUGAGUGCAGCUGUUGAGGAGAUACUGGGGCUGUUUGAAAGAACGAUAGCAGAGUUUGAGGAGGAAAUUUCUCGAUCGAGAAAGAACGACCUUCAACACAAGCUGCUCGACGCUGCUUUUCAACCUGAAGUACGGCUACACAAAGCAGUUUUACCUCUGCAGUUCCCACUCACUCCUGUCAUUGCGAAGGCUGAAGAUGAAGAGAAAGCUCCAUCCUCACAGCUUCAUCAGAGCCACACUGAGCAGAGCGGAGAGGCAGAGUCUCCAACCAGCAGCUCCACUGAGCCGAUGGAAACCGAAACUGAUGGAGAGGACGGCGGAGGACCAGAACCAGACAGGAACUUGGAUCCAGCUGCUGCUUUACAUCCAACUAGAGACGGCCAGCUCCUCUCCUCACACCUUUCUGAACCUGAGACUGAAGACGGAGAAGAAGACUGCAAGGAGACCAGAGAACCACCUAGAAAGAAACACUUUCAACCCAAGAUGCUCAGUUUUUUAAAAGUACAGUUACACAGAGCAGUCAUGCCUCAGCCGUUCCUGUUGACUUCUGUUCCUGUGAGGAGUGAAGAUGACGAAGAGAGAGCUCAGUCCUCACAGCCCGAUCAGAGCCAAACUGAGGAGAACGCAGAGCCUCGAGCCAGCAGCUCCACUGAACACAUGGAAACUGAAGCUGAUGGAGCGCCAGCUAGCCCUGGCCAGGUCCUCUCUUCACACUCCUCAGACCCUGAGACUGAAGACAGUGAAGACGACGAGAAGGAGACUGGACAACCUCAGUCAGGGUUAUGCUCAACAAAUGAAGUCCUUUUCAGUCAGGGGAAAUUUGACGUCGAGGAGGCACUUUCUUCAUGCUCUUUCAAAACCGCCACAGGAAAGAAACAGUGGAGAUGCUCAGUGUGCGGUCGAGUCUUUGACCUUAAAGGAAGCCUCAGAGCUCACAUAAUGAUGCACAAGGGAGACAGAGAAUUUAGUUGCUCAGUGUGUGGUAAAUCAUUUCUCCUCAAAGGACAUUUGAAGCGACACAUGCUAAUCCACACAGGAGAGAAAUCACAUAGUUGCUCAGUUUGCGGUAAAGGAUUUGCACAUGGCGGGUGCCUUAACAGACACAUGAUGACGCAUACAGGGGAGAAACCAUUUAAUUGUUCAGAUUGCCAUAAGGGCUUCGUGCGUAGAGGCGAUUACGACAACCACAUGAGAUCCCACACAGGUGAGAAACCGUUUAGUUGUGCAAUCUGCAACAAAAGAUUUAGGAGACCUGAACAUAUGAAGAGGCAUCUUCUCAGUCAUACGGAUGAGAAACCAUUCAGCUGCGAAGUCUGCGGUCUAAAAUUCAAGCAAAAAUAUGGAAUGGUCAGACAUGUGAGAGCCCACGCAGCACAGAAACCGGUUAAAGAUAUUUGAAAGUCCAUCUGACAGCCCACACCAAAUAGAAGACGCUCAGUUGCAGUGUGUGCGGGGAAACGUUCAGCAAGCAUUCACAUGUGAAAAAACACAAGUGUGUCGGCAGGGGCAGCAGCAGAUGAAGCUGCAGAGCUGCUGGUUGAGCUGAGGAGCUCAGCAGGAACCAAACAAACCAGAGACACGUCCAUCAUUCAGGAGGAAACCCCCAUUUAUGAUAUUUUCAUGUGUUAACAGGGUUACGUUCAACACUAUUUCAACAUGUUGCACUGCAUUUUCAAUCUCAAAGUUCAUGUGCAGAGGUCACUGGGAGGGGAGACGUGUAUUUGAGUGUUUCAUCAAUGACAACUUUUAACAUUUUAAGAUAGAAAUAAGAACUUUCUGUGGUUAAUUUAUGUUUGCCUUUCAGCGUCUUCAUUUGACAGAUUUUUAAGGAAACUGUUAGCCUUAGGUUGAAUUUAGAACGUUGUUUUCUUUUAUCUGAAUGAUGAUUUAAAUGUAAUGAUUUUGAUGUUAAAAUACUGAUAGUUUAAACAAAAUUGAACUCUGGUGAAGUGUUGGGUUGUCUGGGUCACUGUCUGUGAUAUGAGGCCAUGUGGGGCUUAAAUAACCUCCACGCUUUCCUGGGCUGCUAAUUCACAAUUCUGUAUUUUCAUCUCUCUUUUCAUUUCCACAUAACGUCUUGGAAAAUAUUUAGAAAAGAGCAGAGCAAAUUGUUUUUUUUUUUUCUUAUAAUGGUACAAUCCACCUUGUAUGUGUUUAAAUCUUGAUGUUAUUUUUGAGGCCUGU